AAUAGCACGGAACUAGAAUAUACUAGGUGUAAGUUUUGUCGAUUUCGGACACGGCCUUACUUUUCACCCACUGGUACUAAACGUAGAUCGGAGUAAACAUGGAAUCGGUGCAUGGUGAUCGAUUGAAAAGAAUUUUAAGAAAAAUACAGAACUUCAUGCGAGAGGGGAAAUAUUAUGAGGCGCACCAAAUGUAUAGAUCUUUAUAUUCUAGAUACGCGAGCCAAAGAAGGUACUCAGUGUUACAACAGCUACUUUUCAAUGCCGCCCUAACCUUCCUGCACAUCAAGCAGUAUGCCAGUGGGACGGACCUUGGGAUCCUGUAUAUCAAUGUCCUGGACAGAUCACUGGAGGUGCCGGAGCCCGUAUAUUUUCAGCACAUAACUAAUUUGUUCGAAAUGAUGAAUCCGGCUUAUCCCGAGCGGGAAACUUUUCUACAGGAAGCACUUAGAUUUAGUACAAAAGGCACAGAGUAUAAAACUGGGCAUCCCAAAUUGCACAAGCGAGUAGCACGUGUAUAUUGGAAAGAAAAAAAUUUCAUACUGGCAAAGCAACACUUCCUGAACAGCGACGACGGCGCUGGGUGUGCAGCGAUGUUUGUUGAGUUACACAAAGAGCGUGGAUAUUCCAACGAAGUGGACCUCUUCAUAGCUCAGGCAGUUUUGCAGUAUCUGUGCUUAAAAAACAAGGCAGCGGCACAGGAAGCUUUUGAUGCGUACACAAUGCAGCAUCCAAAGAUAGUAGGCAGACCACCGUACUCGCUUCCCCUCUUGAAUUUUUUAUACUUCCUACUUAGAACCAUCGAAACCGGAAAAUUGACUGUCUUUACAAUCCUUUGUGAGCAGUAUCAUUUGAGCCUGAAUCGAGACUCGUGUUAUCGUCAGUAUCUCGACAAAAUUGGUCAGAUCUACUUCAAUAUACCUCCUGCGAGGCCUCGGCACCAAGGACUUUUUGGCUCGCUUCUACAGUCAGUCUUCAAAGAUAUGGAAGACGAUGAAUCCGAAGAGGAGCAAAGAAACGCAGCCUCGACAGCCCGAACUACGUUGGAACUCGAUUAAUCUCCAGCUAGUCGGUUCUGUCCAACGUGAUAUCGUUACGUAGGGAGUGACGAAAUAGCACAUUGUUUAAUUUACUUUGGUAUGACUCGGUCCGAGGGAUUUAGCCAGCCAAGUGGAAGUACCCAGGAUGGACGCGAGAUGAAAUUAUAAUUCAGGACGAUGGGCCUGGAUUCUUCCUUUUUUAAUGGUGUAAUUGUAAAAAAGAAAAGAAAAAGAAAAGAACCGUACUAAGGACAUUAGUCAAGCACAUUUCCCAAUUGAUAAUCAUGUAUCUCUUUACUCUCACUGUAAUUCUCGCUGAGUUAUUCGGAAAUGUGUAAUCGGCCGGAAUAAUCUGGCGAACGAAUGCGGAGUAAUUUUACUUAAAGGAAAAGGGAAAGAAAGAUAAAAAAAGAGGAAAAAACUAAAAAUCGUGUAACUAGAGUAAUUCGUAAUAAUCGGGUAUUCUUAAACGAGGUCACUUCUUUUUAGAGAUUAUGUGUGCAAUAACGGGAAGACGAGUCCCUGAGAAAUUUGCAGAAUAAUUUGCAACAAAGGAUAACAAUGAUCCGGAAAAUAAUCUGCCACAAUGUUGGGAAUUAUCACGUCCUGCAAAGUGUCGCAUUGUAUAUUCCUAAAUCAUCGAUAAAGAGUUUUACGUAACAUCUGCAAGUUAUUCGAUUCCUGAAUCAAAGGGUAAAACAUGUCGAUUGUUUUACAACCUUCAAUUGAUUUUUGACAGGAUACGUGUGAUGUAAAUUGCCGAUGAAAAACAUUAAUCUUAAUAAAUCACCCUGUAUAAUUG